CCUUAUAUAAAGAGAAGUCUGGCAUCGGUGGUUCUUGUGUGGAGACACCUUGAUUUGAGAGGAAGAGCAAGAACCUUAAGGACGCCAAGUGAGAAAGAAAGAGAGGGGUUCUUAGGUCUUUCUUUGAAGAGGUGCUUGCUCUUAACCCAACGAAAAAGGAAGAGCUAGCAAGGAUGGGCGAUGAAAUAUCCUCCAAACCGGUGACUCCCCGGCCAGCCUCCACGGCGACAGUAGACUCCUCGGCGACGUGGGACUCCUCGUCGGCCCCGACGCCACCCCCUGUGUCGACCCCUCCGUCCCAGUACCACUCGCCGUCCCUGUCGAGGUCGCCACUCCUGUCAACGCCGGAGAUAAAGCCGUCGAAGACCCCGAGGAUCGUGACCCCAAAGAUUGCGACCCCGAGGCUGUCCCUCACCCCGAGGUUCAUAACCCCGCUUGGCAGCCCGAUCCGACGGGCCCUGCACCUGACCAAGCUCGACCCGCAGGACGCCUGGCUCCCGAUCACCGAGUCGAGGAACGGCAACGCGUACUACGCCGCCUUCCACACCCUCUGCUCGGGUAUCGGGAUUCAAGCCCUUAUACUCCCGGUCGCUUUCACCGUUCUUGGAUGGACAUGGGGGAUUAUAUGCUUGACUUUGGCGUUCAUAUGGCAGCUCUACACGCUUUACUUGCUGGUGCAACUCCAUGAAUCUGCCGAGACGGGGAUGCGUUACAGCAGAUACAUGCAGCUCGCCGGUGCUGCUUUCGGCGAGAGGCUAGCGAACUGGUUGGCGCUGUUCCCCUUCAUGUACCUCGCGGGAGGCACCUGCGUGUCCCUGAUCAUCAUCGGUGGGUCAACGUGCGAGAUGUUCUUUGGGAUCCUGUGCGGCGGCACGUGCGGCGCGCACCACCUAACCCCGGUGGAGUGGUACCUUGUGUUCACAUGCGCUGCCGUCCUGCUGUCCCAGCUGCCCAACCUCAACUCCAUCGCUGGCGUGUCCCUCAUCGGGGCCAUUACCGCCGUCGGCUACUGCACGAUGAUGUGGAUCAUCUCGGUGACCGAGGGACGGAUGCCCAACGUGUCGUACAACUCCGUCAGGGCGAACACGCAAAUCGCCAGGGUCUUCGACCUCCUCAAUGCGCUAGGGAUCAUCGCUUUCGCGUUCAGAGGCCACAACCUCAUUCUUGAAAUCCAGGCCACCAUGCCUUCCAGUGAGAAGCAUCCCUCAAGAGUGCCAAUGUGGAGGGGUACAAAAGUCGCAUACGCCAUCAUCGCAGCGUGCUUAUACCCUCUUGCCAUUGCAGGCUACUGGGCAUAUGGCCAAAUGAUACCCCCGAAUGGGGGCAUGUUGACGGCCAUAUACGCGUUCCACAGGAACGACAUCAAGCAGUCCGUCCUCGGGCUCGUGAUCCUGUUCGUGAUCAUCAACGCCCUGAGCUCGUUCCAGAUCUACGGCAUGCCCAUGUUCGACGACAUGGAGUCCAGGUUCAUUGUCAAGUUCAAGAAGCCGCUGCCAUGGUGGGGCAGGGCGAUCAGCAGGGCGAUGUUCGGGUACGGCUGCUUCUUCGUGGCGGUGGCGAUCCCGUUCCUGGGGAGCGUAGCGGGGCUCAUCGGCGGGAUUGCGCUGCCCGUGACCCUGGCCUACCCGUGUUUCAUGUGGCUCAAGAUGAAGAGGCCCAAGAUGUACGGCCUGAGCUGGUGGGUCAACUGGGUGCUCGGAACGUUGGGGAUGGCGCUGAGCGGGCUGUUGAUUGCGGGGGGUCUCUAUGUGGUGAUCGACACUGGGAUUAAAGUCAGCUUCUUUAAGCCUCAAUAGGGGUGAGGUUUUUCCUCGUAAGUGAUGCGUUGCUGGUCCAAAAGAAACACAAGGGUUACUAAAAGUUCAAGUGAAAAUAGCUUGUAGGGUUUUUAAAUAUUCUUGAUUUGUUUCUUGUGUGAACGGUGUAACUUGUAAUCUGUUUGCCUCUCAAGAAGAGAAACUAUAGUGGAUUGAAUGAAUUCUUGAAUCUUGCAAUC